ACAAACACUGUGUUUUACUGUUUUUUUUCGUUGCUUUUAUUUUUUUUUAUAAUUCGCAAAAAAAAGCUUUCUCUCUCUAGAAACUCACUUUCUCUCUCUUCUGCAACUGAUUCUCUCAGAUCAGAGCUCCUUACCUUCUCUCUCCGUGUCUCUCUCCAUUUUCGUUUCUCCGCCGCACUCUGUCGCCGAGAUUUUCGUCUCCGCCGCGCCGACGCGAGCUCGACGACGCUUGGAUCACCGGAAUCUGCGGAGUUACGCGAUCGAAUUGUUCUUCCGUGACCUAGGAGCUUUCUUUCAGCUUCGGAGCUAGCUUCGGAGUACGCUUCGAGCUGAGUUUGAGCUUCGGAGCUGUGUGGAGCAGUGUUCUGGUGCGGUGAGGUGCUCGAUGGAGCCGUGAAUCAUGAUGGAUUUGGUGCUGGAGCUGUUUCAGAUUGCGAAUUUGGGAGUUUAGUGAGGGUUUUUUGUUCGGAAUCUCCGUUCGAAUUGAUGAAUGGAAGGGUUCGGGUACGAAAAUGGUUGAAUGCGAGAUUGGUGUUUAGAAUUUGAGGAGCCAAACAAAAAAGAAGUUUCUAAUUAGUUUCUUUUUGUUUUCAUUUUCUUGCUUCAAAUUUUGGCUUUGGAUGAUGUCACGUACUGGUAGAAUGACUUCGGAUCUUAGCAGAACCGGUGCUGUAGAACGAGACAUUGAGCAGGCUAUUACUGCUUUAAAGAAAGGAGCUUACCUGCUCAAGUAUGGAAGAAGGGGGAAGCCCAAGUUUUGCCCGUUCCGGCUUUCCAAUGAUGAAUCUGUUUUGAUAUGGUUCUCAGGGAAAGAAGAGAAGCACCUUAAACUGAGCCAUGUGUCUAGAAUUAUAUCUGGACAACGCACGCCUAUCUUUCAAAGGUAUCCACGGCCUGAAAAGGAAUACCAGUCAUUUUCUCUUAUCUACAAUGAUAGGUCACUGGACUUGAUUUGCAAAGAUAAAGAUGAAGCUGAAGUUUGGUUUAGUGGUUUAAAAGCAUUAAUUUCACGUAGUCAUCACCGAAAAUGGAGGACAGAGUCAAGAAGUGAUGGUAUUCCAUCUGAAGCUAAUAGUCCUAGAACAUACACCAGAAGAAGUUCUCCCAUGAAUUCUCCAUUUGGUAGUAAUGAAAGCUUGCAAAAGGAUAGUGGGGAUCACCUUCGGCUUCACAGUCCUUAUGACAGCCCUCCUAAAAAUGGUUUAGAUAAAGCAUUAUCUGAUGUGAUGUUGUAUGCUGUCCCACCAAAAGGUUUCUUCCCUCCAGAUUCUGCAAGUGCUUCAGUCCACUCUGUGUCAUCUGGAGGAUCAGAUAGUAUGCAUGGUCACAUGAAGACAAUGGGUAUGGAUGCUUUUAGAGUUAGUCUAUCAAGUGCUGUUAGCUCAUCUAGCCAAGGUUCUGGUCAUGAUGAUGGCGAUGCUUUAGGGGAUGUUUUCAUUUGGGGGGAAGGUACAGGUGAUGGUGUUCUGGGCGGUGGGACUCAUCGAGUUGGGAGUUCUUUGGGUGUAAAAAUGGACUCUCUUUUUCCAAAAGCCUUGGAAUCUGCAGUAGUUCUUGAUGUACAGAAUAUUGCCUGCGGUGGACGACAUGCGGCCUUAGUGACCAAACAAGGUGAAAUUUUCUCUUGGGGGGAAGAAUCAGGAGGUAGGCUUGGGCAUGGUGUUGAUUCUGAUGUUCUCCAUCCAAAGCUUAUCGAAACUUUAAGCAAUACAAAUAUUGAACUUGUAGCUUGUGGGGAAUAUCAUACAUGUGCUGUGACGCUUUCUGGUGAUCUUUAUACAUGGGGUGAUGGCACAUACAAUUAUGGUCUUCUGGGGCAUGGUAAUCAAGUGAGCCACUGGGUCCCAAAAAGAGUAAAUGGCCCCCUGGAGGGCAUACAUGUUUCAUCUAUUUCUUGUGGACCGUGGCACACUGCUGUCGUAACCUCUGCUGGGCAAUUGUUUACUUUUGGUGAUGGUACAUUUGGUGUUUUGGGUCAUGGAGAUCGUAAAAGUGUUUCAUUACCUAGGGAAGUAGAGUCCCUCAAGGGUCUUCGUACUGUCCGGGCUGCUUGUGGUGUUUGGCAUACUGCUGCAGUUGUGGAAGUCAUGGUUGGAAAUUCUAGUUCCAGCAACUGCUCUUCAGGGAAGCUGUUCACUUGGGGUGAUGGAGACAAAGGUCGACUUGGGCAUGGUGAUAAGGAAGCAAAACUUGUUCCAACCUGUGUUGCAGCCCUGGUUGAACCCAAUUUCUGUCAGGUUGCUUGUGGACAUAGUCUGACUGUUGCGCUUACCACCUCUGGGCAUGUCUAUACAAUGGGUAGUCCUGUCUAUGGUCAGUUGGGAAAUCCUCAAGCUGAUGGGAAGCUACCAAGCCGUGUUGAAGGAAAGCUUUCAAAGAGUUUUGUGGAGGAGAUUGCUUGUGGUGCAUAUCAUGUUGCAGUUUUAACUUCAAGGACAGAAGUUUACACAUGGGGUAAGGGUGCAAAUGGUCGUUUAGGCCAUGGGGAUACAGAUGACAGAAAUGUCCCAACAUUAGUAGAAGCAUUGAAAGACAAACAGGUCAAAAGUGUUGCUUGUGGUACUAAUUUCACUGCAGCUAUCUGUCUACAUAAGUGGGUAUCUGGUGUUGACCAGUCUAUGUGUUCUGGUUGUCGUCUUCCAUUUAAUUUCAAAAGAAAACGUCACAAUUGUUAUAAUUGUGGACUUGUUUUCUGUCAUUCAUGUAGCAGUAAGAAAUCUCUUAAGGCUUCAAUGGCACCAAACCCCAACAAACCUUAUCGCGUCUGUGACAACUGUUUUAAUAAACUAAGGAAAUCUAUGGAAACUGAUUCUUCAUCCCAUUCUUCUGUGAGCAGAAGAGGAAGUAUCGUUCCAGGGUCACUUGAGUUAAUUGAUAAGGAUGAUAAAAUGGAUUCAAGAUCUCGUAGUCAACUUGCUAGGUUUUCUUCAAUGGAGUCCUUGAAGCAAGUGGAUAGUAGAUCUUCUAAAAAAAACAAGAAGUUGGAAUUCAACAGUAGUCGCGUCUCUCCUGUUCCAAAUGGGGGUUCACAAUGGGGAGCACUGAAUAUUUCUAAAUCUUUUAAUCCUGUUUUUGGAUCAUCAAAGAAGUUCUUCUCAGCAUCUGUUCCUGGAUCUAGAAUUGUUUCCCGAGCAACAUCUCCAAUAUCUAGACGACCUAGUCCACCACGUUCAACUACUCCAACUCCAACACUGGGAGGUCUUACUUCCCCAAAGAUAGUUGUGGAUGAUGCUAAGAGGACCAAUGAUAGCCUCAGUCAGGAGGUUAUUAAAUUAAGACAGCAGGUGGAAAACCUGACUAGGAAAGCGCAACUUCAAGAAGUUGAGUUGGAAAGGACAACCAAACAGCUAAAAGAUGCUAUAGCAAUUGCUGGAGAGGAAACUGCGAAGUGCAAAGCAGCAAAGGAAGUGAUCAAAUCUCUUACCGCUCAGUUGAAGGACAUGGCUGAGAGGCUACCUGUAGGAGCAGCUAGGAAUGUCAAAUCGCCUUCUCUUGCUUCCAUUGGUUCCAAUGAGCUUAGCUAUGCUUCCAUUGAUCGAUUGAAUCUUCAAGCAACAAGCCCAGAAGCAGAUUUAACUGGAUCAAAUAAUCAGUUGCUUUCAAAUGGAUCCAGCACUGCCAGCAACCGUAGUAGUGCUGGUCACAAUAAACAGAACCAGUCAGAGGUAACUAACAAAAAUGGGAGCAGAACAAAGGAGAGCGAAUCCCGGAGUGAGAAUGAAUGGGUUGAGCAAGAUGAACCUGGUGUAUAUAUUACACUCACCUCCCUUCCUGGAGGCGUAAUAGAUCUUAAGAGAGUUCGCUUCAGGUAUUAAUGCAUUAUAGAAAAUGCCCUUCUAUCAACUGACAGCACUCAUUUGCCUUUUCCUC